ACGGUCAUGUAGUAAUGCUCUCUUCGCUCCGAAUCCAGCGUUACAGAUACCGUGUCCUGCACAUCGCACGGGAGAAACACUUAUCGAGAACAUGUAUCCGAGGCCUACAUGAUGACGUUUUGGACGAUUUAAAGGCCAGAGGGCUUGUAUCCCAGGUCAGCAGUUCAGAGACAAAGCUUCGAGAAACUCUAAGGCAACCUCAAGCUGUCUAUGUUGGUGUAGACCCUACAGCUGAAUAUCUACAUGUCGGACAUCUUCUCCCUUUACUCACUCUCUUCCACUUCUAUAUACGUGGCCAUAAAGUCGUUCCAUUGAUUGGCGGAGCAACAGGCCUAGUUGGAGACCCGUCUGGUCGAAAUACGGAGCGUCCAUUGUCCGAUGCUGCGAACGUUGAACGUAACGUCGAAAAGCUGCGAUCGGCUGUUACGAAGUUCUUCGACAGCGCUUCUAGCUACGCCAGAAAAUAUGUCUCGUUGCCAAACACAGCCCUGGAGACUCCACAUAUCAAAAGCAACAUAGAAUGGUUCAAGGGUAUGGGCUUAUUGGAAUUCCUGCGCGUUGUCGGGGUGCAUGCCCGCGUCAAUACGAUGCUCUCACGAGAGAGUGUCUCUGCGCGUCUGGCGUCGCAGCAGGGAAUAUCUUUCACAGAGUUUACCUAUCAGCUUUUACAAGCGUAUGAUUUCUACGUCUUGCACAAAGAUUCAGGCUGCACAAUUCAAAUCGGUGGUUCUGACCAAUGGGGAAACAUUGUUGCUGGCAUUGACUUGAUAAAUCGCAUUGAUCCGCACGUGGGCUCGGAUGGUGCUCACGAAGAUAAGGCGUUCGGGAUCACCACUCCGUUAUUGACAACUGCGUCCGGUGCGAAAUUCGGAAAGAGUGCCGGAAAUGCUGUUGCACUAGACCCAGAGGUAACCAGUGUCUUCGACUUCUACCAGUUCUUCCUCCGGACACCAGAUACCGAUGUUGGCCGAUACCUCAAACUCUUCACACUACUUCCUAUCGAUACCAUAGAAGACACCUUGCACGAGCACAAGGCAAGUCCAGAUGCGCGUCGCGCACAACAGCUGUUAGCCUCUGAAGUUACAGAGAUGGUACACGGAGCUGCCUCCGUACAAAAGGCUCAAGUGGUUACGAAGGUCUUGUACGAAAGUGAUCUCCAUGACCUGAAGGCUAAUGAAGUACUCGCGGCAUUGGAUGGUGAUCCGAGGCUUCGAUUCCUUCCUGAAGCGGAUUUGUUGUCGUUACCCGUCACCAAAUUGGCUUUUACAUACGGAUUAGCUGCCUCUAAUUCUGCUGCCCGACAACUCGUCGCAAUGAAGGGUUUGUAUGUCAACAACCGCCCUGUGACGGAACCCCGACAGACAAUUCAAAGGGAGGAUCUUUUGGAUAACAGACUAGUUAUACUGAGAUCAGGUAGCUCAAAGCAGGUGGUGCUUGCCAAUCAAUGACAACCGUCCAUUCUCCCUUUGUUCGUUCCCAAAUCCGGUUACGCGUCUCAUGAAGGCUACUUAGUUAUACUGUCAACAACUCCUAGAAACCUUGGAUGAUCUUCGCAGGCUCUAUUCACUUUAUACAUCAAUGACUUCUGCUUCCGCCUUUGAUGCUGUGAAUUUUGCUCUAUUUCCAGUUUCACUGACCCGAGUCAAUGACUGGGAGCUUUCGGGCAUGCCAAGCUUGCUGAAUACCCCCGUCAUUCCCCUCAACGACAUGCUUAUUCGGCGCAAUUCCACUGUCGAUAUUCCGGCUUCAAUAGCAUUGGAUAGUCAAUAUGUGCUUUAUGUACCAACCACUGCGUGGGAAAGCGUGUCCAAUUCUCCUUGUAGCAACGCUAGUAUCAGCACUUCGACUACGAAUCGUUUUACGAAGCAGAUCAAUGCUGAAGCGACGUUUUCAUUC